UAGUGUAAAAAAAAAUUUAACUGACUCAAUAAAUAUUUCAACAACAAAAAUGUUUAAGUGCCCACGAAAAAAACGUCGAUAUUUAUGGAAUGUAAGAGUUGAAAAAUUAAAAAUAUAUUUAAUCGGUGACUACUUACGUCAAUUAAUUCUGGAAGACUUAACGUCAUCGAUUACGCCCAAUAAAAGUAAAGAAGAAAUAGCAGAGGAGAGAUGCAAAAAAAUUCAAAAGUAUCUUAACAGCAAAGCUGGAUUACUAAAAACAUCCUCUAAAUCAAUAAAUCAAGAGCUUAAGUAUUUGUACUUAAAUAAUUGUAAUACUGAAUUAAAUAAUAAUAAUAAUAAUCUAUAUAAUUAUUCCAGUAAUAAUAGUAAUUAUUGCUGUAACAAUGAUUACUGUUUUUACAAUUUUAAUGAUCUCGAUAAUUUAAAUAAUAAAAAACUUAAAAUCAAUAGAUUAAAUUACUGUAGAAAAAAUUAUUGUACACCGAUAAAUUGUUGUGAUAUUCAUGUUAAUUUUAUUUAUCAUAUUCGCAAUGGAAUUAAGAAAAAAAAGCGAGGUAAUUUGGACAGUCACAUUAAAUGUAAAGAUGACGAUAAAUUUUGUGAUAAUUCAGAAGAACAUUUUAUUGUGCAAGUGGUGGAUAAAACCUUGAAAAUUCCGGAUUUUACUGAUUAUGAUAAAAAAAUAAUUAAUAGAAAUGCCGCACUAUAUAAUAGUGAAGUUAAAUCAGGGACAAAUGUAGCCGAUGAUUAUUUCCGACAAGUUUACGAACUUUUGAAGUACCAGCGUAAUAAAGAAAAGAAAAUUUUUAAUGAAAAAAGUAAUCGUCAUAAAGUUACAGCUGGGUUCUGUCAAGAUGAAAAGAAAGACCGAGAAAAAUUUAAAGAUGAAAACCGAGGUGAAGAAGCACUAUUGUCCCCCGUAGUGGGUGGACCGAGUGUUACCUGUAGUUUCUACACCAAGAAUAACAACAAUAAUAACAACAAUGAAGAACAACAAAUUAUCGAAGACAAUAACAUAAAUUCAUACUUUUUACGGUCUAAAAUUCGGCUUUACGAUGACUUAUCAUCAUCAUCAACGUCAUCUUUUAACAACGAUCACGAAAAAAAAAAUCCUGGUCAGCUUAUUUCCGUAAAAUGCAAAAUAAACGCCAAGAAAGAUAUCAGUAAAUAUUUUGAUUAUCCUAACCGGGAAAAUAAUCAAUCGCAGAAUUAUAAUUUGAAAAAAAACCUUUUCAAUCUAACUGGGAACGAGGACGCUCUUGACGAUUCGGUAAUGGGUUCUAAUUUGAGUCGUCAUCAUGGUAAAGGUCUUACGGGACGCAGAACACAGUCAUCAGGAAAUCUUUGUGACUCAAAAGGAAAACUGAGUCAUGUUGGUAAAAUGCUUGUUCCUUGUUCGAGUUCAUCGGAGGACAGGUAUAAAUUCUCUGGGUCAUUACCAAAUAAUUUAGAUAAUGAUCAUGAUUUUAUGCUGGUAAAUAACAACAAUGUAUUAACGGAUACAAUAGCUGGAAAUUUAGGUGGUACUUUACCACAUAAAAAGUCUUCAGUACAAUUCAAUGAUGAGGUGACUGAUUUCAAACAAUAUCGACUGCAAACUCUCGAAGGCGACCCUUGGGAGUAUCAUCAAAAUGACAUUGACAUAGUGCGGUGUAAGCAUGGAAAUUUGAAUUUAGUAAGAAAAAGUCAACAUAAUAAUACUGAAGAGUAUAUUCCGUCCAAUAAUCAGCAUUAUGACUCGGAAUUUAUGGGCACGUUGCCUAAAAGAAGAAUCGAUCCAAAGUGGUGUGAUCCAACAAGCAUCCAGUCGAUUGUUCAGCAGUAUAAUCACCACGAGCCCGGUGAAAUAGACUCGAAUUAUCCGCAGAAUGUUAAAAUUAUUCACAAGCCCACCUGUGAAUUGAUGAAGCAUCAUCGUCAGCAAUUAAAACGUCUUGAUGAUUUUAAUUCAAAGCCUACGUCAAGUGAACAUCAAGAUCAAGGAUACGCGUCUGAGCGAUCGCCUGAAGAUGAACAUCCGCCUCUAUUAGCAAUUAAUCCAGAGAACACAUUUCAGGUGACCUUACAGAAAAGUAGCCGUGGUCUUGGAUUGAGUGUUUCCGGCGGUGGAAAAUCAGGCCCGGUUAGAGUUAAAAGACUUUUUCCCCAGCAGCCAGCGGCGCUUUCCAAUAAACUCGAGCCUGGUGAUAUUCUUUUAGCGGUUAAUGGAAUUACACUUACUGGUCUAACUAAUUAUGAAGCACUGGAAGUACUGCGUACAACUUCAAAUACUGUUGAAUUAUUAGUAUGUCGAUUACCUGGUGAACCUAGUAUUACACCACCAAAAGCACCUCCAACUCCACCAACACGCCGAGAAGCUUCAUUGCCAUCCCGUUUUCUCAAACCCGUACCUCCUCUUAAUAUCGAGCCAUGUGGUGAAUUCGAUAUUGAAAUGACGAAAGUAGCUGGCAGCUUGGGAUUUACCUUGAGAAAGGUCGACAGCAGUGCUCUAGGUCAUUAUGUAAGAGCAUUGGUACGUGAACCGGCAUUGAGUGACGGGCGUAUUCAACCAGGUGAUAAAAUAGUUACGGUGGAUGGUGUACCACUGUCUCCAAUGAGCCAUGAAGAAGCUGUUGCAUUAUUACGUCAGUGUGGUCCUAGAGUUAAAUUACGUCUUUACCGCGAUUUAACUCAAACUCCAGUAUCGGCACUAUCACCAACUGAACCUGACCAUCCUUUACGUCCACCACGAACUAGCCUCAGAAAAGAGGCUGUAGAUAUGCUGUGUGAUUUAGCAGUUCGGAAAUUAUCACCAAACGGAUCAAACGGAUCAAUGUCACAAAAUCCAACGGCAACUAAUAGUUCACCUAGACGAUUGCGUCGUCCUGCAUCAAGAACGUCUAUGAAUGAUGAAAAAAAUGAUAAUAAUGAUACACCAAGCAAUAAUAAUUUAAAUUUAAAUCAAAAUAAUUCACAAUUAAAUAAUAGUAAAGCAUUACGGCCGAAUUAUCUUAAUUUAUCAAAUGGUGAAUUAAAGUCUGAAAUGAGCGAUGAUCAAAAUAUUGAAACAGUUAAUCUGUUAACUAUUAAUGCUAAUGAUUGUGUGGAAAUAGAUGAGUAUUAUGAUAACGACACGUUAAUUGGUGAUAUGCAGGAUAGUAAUUUACCGCUUGAACCGGCAUCAAUGCCACCAUUAGCAUUCGAUACUGAUAAUAACACCUCUGAUGCUAAUUUCAGUUAUAAAAAUCCUGCGUACCAAAGUGCUAAUCCGACUUGUAGUGGCAAUGAUAAUAUUAAAUCCAAAGGUACAUAUUCUAGUGAUAAAAACAUUCCAGGAAAAAUUUCAACUGUUCAAGAUCCCGCUGGCAGUAAAAGUUUGCUGAAGUGGAAGGGUGUUAUGUUUGCACCAGACGACAGUAAUGAGAACGGUGAUAAUACAACUAAAAAUGACAAUUUCAAUGGUACUGUUACUAAGGAAGAUAAAUACAAAGACUGCGAGGUAUUUAUGGUUGAAUUAACACGUGGUUGGAAUAGUCGUUUAGGAUUUAGUUUACAGUCACACGAAAACUCAACUAUAAUAUCAAUGGUACAUCCUGAUAGUGUAGCUGCUAAAGAUGGGCGAUUACGGCAGGGUGAUGUGUUACUCAUGGUAAAUGAUGAAAGCGUAGAACACAUGCCAACAUCUGACAUAAUUGAUUUAUUGAGAAAAAUUCGUGGUUCUAUCGGCAUCACAGUUGCAAGGCAAAAAAAAAGUGGCGACACGUGACGACAAAAAAUAAAUAAUUAAAUAAAUAACAUUAAACAUUAAAUCAUCAAUCAAAUCAUCGAGCUUAAAAGUUUAUUUAUAUGUACAUUUAUUUUAUUUCUCUUCUCAAUAAAAUUGUUGAUCAAUCAUGAGCUGUAAAUUUAAGAGAAUCUAUAUAGUAUUUAUCUUGAGAGUAAAAAUAUAAUAAUAAAUUUAAAAAAUUAUAAAAAAAGUUAAUUAUUAAAUUGAAUCAGUCAAUGAAUAUAUUUAAUAAAAAUAUAAAUAUGAAUUUAUAUAUUUUAUUGAUAGAUUGUUUUAGAGAAAAAAAAUUAUAAAGUUCUUUAGUCUCUAUAUAGUUGGAUUUUUACAAAUUAAUUGAAUAAUUGUUAAAUAAAUAAAUAGAAAA